UGGAGGGGUAUCCGGCUUCAACGACGGGUCACCAGACCGGUUUUGAGUCAGGGAUUCUUCUGAAAAUAUAAUGACCACUUACUGUGAGUGGUUUUAAGCAACGAUCUCAUAUUUUACUUCCAUAAAAGAAAGAGAGCUGGUAGCCAUGCUGUCCAGGCUGCGGGCGUCAGUGCGUCCGGUGUGUGUGAGUGUGUGUCGUGCGGCUCACACAAAAGAAAAGGGCAAACCACUGAUGCUGAACCCUCGCACCAACAAGGGCAUGGCGUUCACUCUGAAGGAGAGGCAGAUUCUGGGCAUACAGGGGCUGCUCCCUCCUAAAAUUGAGACCCAGGAUAUCCAGGCCAUGCGCUUCCAGAGGAACCUGCGCAAAAUGUCCGACCCCCUGCAGAAGUAUAUUUACCUGAUGGGGAUACAGGAGCGUAAUGAGAGGCUGUUUUAUCGUGUGCUGAUGGAGGACAUUGAGGCUCUGAUGCCCAUCGUCUACACUCCCACUGUUGGCCUCGCCUGCACCCAGUACGGACACAUCUUCAGACGGCCAAAAGGCCUGUUCAUAUCCAUCAUGGACAGAGGUCAUAUCCGCUCUAUACUGGACAACUGGCCGGAGACUAACGUUAAGGCUGUGGUGGUGACGGACGGCGAGCGGAUUCUGGGCCUGGGAGAUCUGGGAGUGUAUGGAAUGGGAAUUCCAGUUGGAAAACUGUGCCUUUACACGGCCUGCGCCGGGAUCCGCCCUGAGAGCUGCCUGCCUGUGUGCAUCGACGUGGGCACAGACAACGAGACCUUACUGAAGGAUCCGUUCUACAUGGGUCUGUACCAGAGGCGUGACCGGUCCCAUCGCUAUGACGAGCUGAUAGAUGAGUUUAUGGAAGCUGUGGUGGAUAAAUACGGCCAGGACACACUCAUCCAGUUUGAGGAUUUUGGGAAUCACAACGCCUUCCGCUUCCUGAAGAAAUACAGAGAAAAGUACUGCACCUUUAAUGAUGAUAUCCAAGGGACGGCGUCUGUCGCCCUGGCAGGAUUACUGGCUGCCCAGCGGGCCACAGGUAAACCAGUGACGGAGCACAGAGUACUGUUUCUGGGCGCAGGAGAGGCGGCCCUAGGAAUUGCCAACCUGAUCGUCAUGGCGAUGAUGGAGGACGGAAUGACACAGGCCGAGGCCAGGAAGAAAAUCUGGAUGUUUGACAAAUACGGCCUCUUGGUCCAGGGUCGAGCUCAGGAGACUGACAGUAAUCAGGAGGCAUUUGUCCACCCGAGCCCUGGAGCUGUCAGCACUUUCUUAGACGCUGUUAACGUCCUCCAACCCACUGCCAUCAUCGGUGUAGCAGGUGCAGGUCGACUCUUCACACAUGAUGUCAUCAAAGCCAUGGGCACCCUGAAUGAACGUCCAAUCAUCUUUGCCCUGAGUAACCCCACUGCCAAAGCUGAGUGCACAGCUGAGGAUGCUUAUAGUCUCACACAGGGCCGGUGUUUGUUUGCCAGUGGGAGUCCGUUCGGACCCGUCACUCUGGAGGACGGCAGCAUCCUCACACCUGGGCAGGGGAACAACGCCUAUAUUUUCCCAGGCGUGGCUCUGGCCGUGAUCCUCAGUGGAGUCAGACACAUCAGUGAUACAGUGUUCCUGGAGGCUGCCAAAACUCUUGCAGAGCAGUUAACUGAUGAGGAGCUGAGUCAGGGCAGGCUGUACCCUCCACUGUCCAACAUCCGCGAGGUGUCUGUCCGCAUGGCCAUCAAGGUGGCAGAGUUCCUGUAUGCUAAGGGAAUGGCAUUCCGGUACCCAGAGCCGCUGGACAAAGAGGCUCUCGUCAGAGCCACAGUGUGGAACACUAACUACGACUCCUUCCUGCCUGACGUCUACGACUGGCCCGGAGUCUCUCACAGUCCCCUCCUGGACUAGAGCAGACAGCCAGGGAGCGACGGACCCGGGAGAGGAGAAGGAGAGAGGAGAGGAGGGGAGGAGAGGCGCUGAUCUUUACUGUCAGACAGCAGGAGAAACAGAGAGAACCUACACUCCUUUUCUCGGUUUUUGAUGUUUUCCCCCUAUUUAUUUCUCUGUGUAAUUCCCUUUAUUAGACGCGGUUUUCAGGUUUAAACAUAUCAGUAUUUUAUAUCCCCAGGCUUUUGUUGCUCUUGUUUUAUGGUAGUCGACGUGUUGCCUUCUCCCUGAGUGUGUGACCUAACACUCCUUAUGCUCAGUGUGUCUCACACACACAUGCUGCUUAACAGUCAGAAACAGCUCCAGACCCGAAUACUCCUGUGUGUAGCGUUGGAGCUGCCAUGUGAAAGCCUGUGUUUAGUGACGUGGGGUUUGCUCCCCUGUGUCACUGACAUGAACCUGUCUCCCUCACAGUCACUGCUGCUGUAGAAACAAACAGAACGAAAGAAAGAGAGAAAUCUUUGUGCCCUUACAUCCUUCUCCUGUGAUCAGAACCACUGGGAAAAAAAACAAACAAAAAAAAACAACCCAUGUCAUUCAGUAAACACAUUCUCACUCCUGUAGGCACUUACUGAGGGAACUGUAUCUUCUCUGUACCCAGCAGUACACUGAAGUAAUUAACUGUGAU